AUGCAUCCAUUCGACAGCGUCGACACCAAUAUCGAUUUCAACCAGGCGAAGGAGGAGGACGCGUUUGCGCAGCCACUCUUUGCAUAUCCAUUCGACGUUUGGCAAGGGUCCAUCGUAUUUGCCAUCACAGACCGAGUGGUCUCGGAUCGGCUCAACCUGACAAACAAUCACAUCCUCAAUCCCGGAGAAUUAUAUUGCGCGACAGCACCCGUGAUCAAUUGGCGCAUCCAACUCGCCGCAAACAAUGCCGACCUCGCCCGGUCGAUGCUGGCUGCGAGCUGCACCUGGAUUUUACGGGCCGUCGACCCCCGCUCGUCAAAUUCGCCGCCAUUCUCGCCGUCAUGA